AUGACUCCCUCGUGCACCAUCUCCUUUAUCCCCUGCCUCAGCCUCCCUCCCUCUCUUCCCUAUAUUACGGUCCCUUCACCAGAAGCCCGCUGGGCUGCAGACGCUCUGACAACCCGAGCCUCGAAGCUCCCUUCUGACCCGCUGCUGGCUUUCCUACCUGCAACAUCCCCACCACUCCCCUUACCUUCUACAGCACCCCCACCAAUCCCAACGCCCCCACCAGGCCCACCAUUCCUCCCACCUGCUGCAGCAGUGGACCGACAAUCACUAGCCUCCCCCAUGCUUGCCCUGGCCUUAGCAGCCCUACUCCCCCUCCUUCCCGAACCCCAUGCACUCUCUGCUCUGCUGUCUGCUCUGCUCUCUGCUCUGCUCUCUGCUCUGCUCUCUGCUCUGCUCUCUGCUCUGCUCUCUGCUCUGCUCUCUUCUCUGCUCUCUUCUCUGCUCUCUGUUCUGCUCUCUGCUCUGCUCUCUGCUCUGCUCUCUUCUCUGCUCUCUUCUCUGCUCUCUGCUCUGCUCUCUGCUCUGCUCUCUGCUCUGCUCUCUGCUCUGCUCUCUGCUCUGCUCUCUGCUCUGCUCUCUGCUCUGCUCUCUGCUCUGCUCUCUGCUCUGCUCUCUGCUCUGCUCUCUGCUCUGCUCUCUGCUCUGCUCUCUGCUCUGCUAUCUGCUCUGAUCUCUGCUCUGCUCUCUGCUCUGCUCUCUGCUCUGCUCUCUGCUCUGCUCUCUGCUCUGCUCUCUGCUCUGCUCUCUGCUCUGCUCUCUGCUCUGCUCUCUGCUCUGCUCCAUAGCUGUAGCUUUGACUCCAUUACCCCCAUUGACUCCCUUGACCCCUCUCACUCCCGUGAAUUCCUUGACUCCUAA